AUGUCGAUUUCGCUCUCGCACGACGAACCCGCGACAACUCCCACCCUCGAUACUAACAACAGCGUCACCAGCCAAAAUGAGUACGCCAGACUCCCAUCCUCACCCGCAACCACGAGCUUCGAGACUGACUACGAUAUAGCGAAGGGUACCUCCAGUUUCGGAAAGCGCCACAACAAGACGCACACGCUCUGCAGGCGUUGCGGUCAACGAUCCCUUCACAUCCAGAAGCACACCUGCGCCUCAUGCGGCUACCCUGCUGCUAAGACCCGCAAGUUCAACUGGGGCGAGAAGGCCAAGCGAAGGAAGACUACCGGUACCGGCCGCAUGCGAUACCUCAAGACCGUCAACCGCAAGUUCAGCAACGGAUUCCAAACUGGCGCUCCCAAGGGCUCCAAGGGCCCCACCGUCAAGUCCUCGUAA